AUGCGUAUCGUAUACUCAGCCUUGCUUGCAUGCAUACUUGCUCUCAUUCUCCCAUUGCCACAUGCUGCCGAUUACCAGCAAACAGUACUCUCUGCUCCUCCUCGUGAAAAGCGAGUCGCGAUUAUCGGUGGUGGGGCAGCAGGCACCUCUGCAGCUUUUUGGUUGAAGAAUGCAUUUCCAGCUACUGCCAAAUCAGGUGUGCGAGUAUCAACAACCUUAUACGAACGCAACAAUUAUCUUGGUGGAAGAAGCACUGUUAUCCCUAUCAAGGAUGAUCCUGAACUUGGCCUAUUCGAACUAGGGGCAUCCAUCUUUAUCGAGCGCAACUACAAUUUGAUCAAUGCAACAAGACGCUUCAAUCUCAACCUCACCGGAUUAACAGAGCUCCCUUUUGAACGUGGUUUGGGCAUAUGGGAUGGCAAGGAUUUCUUGUUUGAAGAAAGCGGCAACAAAUAUUGGGAUGUGGCCAAGCUCUUAUGGCGAUAUGGGUAUUCUCUCAUUCGAUUCAACAAUCAUCUCGAGUCAAUCAUAAAUCGUUUCGCAGACUUGGUGUACCAUGGCAAAGACAACGUAUCCCCCUUUUAUGAUGUCGAUACAGCACUUGGCCAAUUUGGACUGGAAACCUUGUUGAAUGAGACAUCAUCCCAUUAUCUUGAAAAGCGACAUGGCUAUGCCGGGCUCUUUGUACAUGAAUUGAUUCAGACAGCAACAAGAGCCAACUAUGGUCAAGAUGUUCAUUUGCUUCAUUCCUUCGGUGCUUUGGUUUCUAUGGCAGCAUCGGGAGCAUGGGCAACGGAAGGAGGCAACUACCAGAUAUUUGAACAAUUCGCCUAUCGAUCAGGAGCUGAUAUCAAGCUUGGAAGCACCGUUGUCAGUAUCCACAAUACCACAGAGGUUGAUGAGAAUGGCCAUUAUAUCAAGAAUUACGUUGUCACCACGGAGGAUGGAACUGAUGGAGUCUAUGAUGCGGUCUUGUUGGCAUCACCCAUGCAUCUUGCAGGAAUCGACAUGCCUUUCCCAAAUGCAGACCAAGCUCCUCGAGAAUACCAUACUGUACAUGUCACCGUCAUUGCUGGUGUGAUUGAUCCAUCCUACUUUGGCCGCACUGCUGAUACCAUGCCCACGCUUGUUGUCACUACUGGAGAUCCUUUGACGUCCAACUUUGAGAAUGGAGAGCAACCGUUUACCACUUUUGGGAUCCACAAGUACUUUGAGGAUACGGGUGAAUAUGUUGUCAAGAUGUUUUCCUCCAAAGCAAUGUCCGAUUCAGAGCUUGACAAGUUGUUCAUCAGCCGCAGCUGGACCUAUCGCAAAGAGUGGCAAGCGUUCCCAAAAUUGUUCCCCGUUAUUGAAGCCAAAGAAUGGCCACCUGUGGUCUUGCAUGGAUUUGAUGAUGACUCUAAUAAUGGUGUGCUUUACGUCAAUGCCUUUGAAAGCUGCAUCUCGACAAUGGAAACCGAGACAUUGGCUAGCAAGAAUGCAAUCCGUAUUUUACGUGAUCAAUGGUGUCAGGACACAUCAUGUGUUCCCUUUGGCGAUGGAUGGGGUGAUAAUGUAUAG